UCAACCCUUUGUACUGUGUCUGCUCCCUGUCGUGUUUAAUGCAGAUUGUGGACAAUGUAUCUGCACACACGGGUCUUUACUUUAGUAAAGCAUGCGAUUACACAAUCCUCAGGUCAUUGCAGAUUGGGGUGGUUUGUCCUCUGACCCAGGUGCCAUGGCAGAGAGGGUGCUGGUGGUCGGCGGUGGUGGACGGGAGCAUGCGCUGGCCUGGAAGCUGGCCCAAUCACCGCAGAUUCAGCAAAUCCUGGUGGCCCCCGGUAACGCAGGCACGGCCAGCUGUGGGAAGAUCAGCAACUCUGAGGUAUCUGUGAGUAACCACGCCAUUCUGGCUCAGUUCUGUAAGGAUCAUCAUGUGGGGCUGGUCGUGGUCGGACCUGAGGUGCCACUGGCUGCAGGUAUGGUAGAUGACCUGACGGCGGCAGGAGUGCCCUGUUUCGGCCCGUCUGCCAAAGCCGCUCAGUUGGAGGCCAGCAAAAGCUUUUCCAAGGCCUUCAUGGAGCGUCACGGCAUCCCCACGGCCCGUUACGGCUCCUUCACCGACGCCCAAGAGGCCUGCAACUACAUCCGCACGGCCGACUUCCCAGCGCUGGUGGUGAAGGCCAGCGGGUUGGCAGCGGGGAAGGGAGUCAUUGUGGCUGGAGACCAGGACGAGGCCUGUCGGGCUGUGAUGGACAUCAUGAAGGACCGAGCCUUUGGCUCUGCAGGGGAGACUGUGGUGGUGGAGGAGCUGCUGGAGGGAGAGGAAGUGUCCUGUCUGUGCUUCACUGACGGCUCCUCGGUGUCUGCGAUGCCUCCAGCUCAGGAUCACAAGAGGCUGCAGGAUGGCGACCUGGGGCCAAACACAGGCGGCAUGGGGGCCUACUGCCCAACCCCUCAGGUGAGCCAGGAGCUGCUGCAGCAGAUCAGAGAGACCGUCCUUCAGAAGACUGUGGAUGGGAUGAGGGAGGAGGGAACUCCUUAUGUGGGUGUGCUGUAUGCAGGGCUGAUGUUGACCAAGCAGGGGCUAAAGGUCCUGGAGUUCAACUGUCGCUUUGGAGACCCGGAGUGUCAGGUGCUGCUGCCCCUCCUAAAGAGCGACCUUUAUGAAGUGAUCUUGAACACCCUUAACGGCAAACUGGUCUCCAGCGCCCCCGUGUGGCACCAGGACAGCUCUGCGGUCACCGUGGUGAUGGCCAGCGCUGGUUACCCCGGCUCCUACAAGAAAGGAGUAGAGAUCACAGGCUUGUCCCAGGUUCAAGACUCGGGGGUGCAGGUUUUCCACGCCGGCACAGCUGUGAAGGAUGGAGGCGUGGUCUCCAGCGGCGGGCGGGUCCUCACCGUCACCGCGGUCCGGCCGUCCCUGGAGUCGGCCCUGCAGGCGGCCAAUCAGGGCGUGGCGGCCAUAGGCUUCCCGGGUGCCGUGUACCGGCGGGACAUCGGCCACCGGGCCAUCGCCCACCUGAACCAACACAGAGGUCUGACCUAUAAGGACAGCGGAGUGGACAUCGCUGCUGGAAACAAGCUGGUGGACAUGAUCAAACCUCUGGCCAAGGCAACGUCCCGCGCUGGCUGUAAUGCAGAGCUGGGAGGUUUUGCUGGGCUGUUUGACCUGAAGGCUGCAGGUUUUGUCGACCCGAUCCUGGUUUCUGGGACAGACGGAGUGGGGACCAAACUCAAGAUCGCCCAGGCGUGCAGCCAGCAUGGCGGCCUGGGUCAGGACUUGGUGGCCAUGUGUGUGAACGAUGUGCUGGCUCACGGCGCCGAGCCGCUUUUCUUCCUCGACUACUUCUCCUGCGGCAGCCUGGACGUGGACGUUGCUGCGUCGGUGGUCGGCGGCAUCGCUAAGGGCUGCGAGAUGGCCGGCUGCGCUCUACUGGGUGGUGAGACAGCAGAAAUGCCGGGCGUCUACGCUCCAGGAGAGUACGACCUGGCCGGGUUCUGUGUCGGAGCGGUGGAGCGCGGCGCUCUGCUGCCCAGGUUGGGGGACAUCGUUGAGGGGGACCUGCUGAUCGGACUGGCCUCCUCUGGGGUCCACAGCAACGGCUUCAGCCUGGUCCGCAAGGUCCUGGAGAGGGCCGACCUCAGCUACAGCUCGCCUGCUCCUUUUGGCAAGUCGGGACAGACUGUCGGCGAGGUUUUGCUGACUCCUACAAAGAUCUACAGUCGUCUGCUGCUGCCAAUCCUUCGCAGCGGCGCCGUCAAAGCCUACGCUCACAUCACAGGGGGGGUCCUGGAGAACAUCCCUCGGGUGUUGCCCCAGGAGCUGGCAGUCGAUUUAGAUGCCUCUCGAUGGAGCAUCCCUCCAGUGUUUUCCUGGCUCCAUAAGGAAGGGGGUCUCAGUGAGGAGGAGAUGGCCCGCACCUUCAACUGCGGUCUGGGGGCCGUGCUGGUGGUUGCCCCCCUGGAUGCUCAGAGGGUCCUACGCCAGCUUUUGGCUGAUGAAGAGGCCUGGAUCGUGGGUUCGCUGGCCCACAAGCAGCAGGGGGCAGAACCGGUGGUGGUCCGCAACCUGAAGCACAGCAUGCUGAACGCAGGGCCCGCUCCCAGUGGAGAGCUGGGAGUCGAGCAGAACGGUGGUUGCCGUGGCGACGGCAUCACGCCACGCACGAGGACCAGGGUUGCUGUUCUCAUCUCUGGCUCAGGCACCAACUUACAGGCACUAAUCGAGCAGGCCAGGCUUCCAUCCAGCUCUGCAGAGAUCGUGGUGGUCAUCUCCAACAGACCUGGAGUUCAGGGCCUGAAGAGAGCGUCGCUGGCCGGCAUCCAGACGAGGGUGGUGGACCACAAACUGUACGGGAGCCGAGCAGAGUUCGAUGGCACAAUUGAUCGUGUGCUGGAAGAGUUUGGGGUGGAGCUGGUGUGUCUGGCUGGAUUCAUGAGGAUCCUCACGGGAACUUUCGUCAAGAAAUGGAACGGAAAGCUGCUGAACAUCCAUCCAUCCCUGCUGCCCUCAUUCAAGGGGGUGAAUGCCCAGAAGCAGGCUCUGCAGGCGGGGGUGCGGGUGACCGGCUGCACGGUCCACUUUGUAGCAGAAGAGGUGGAUGCAGGAGCCAUCAUCGUGCAGGAGGCCGUGCAGGUGCUGGGCAGCGACACAGAGGAGAGUCUGUCCGACAGAAUCCGAGAGGCCGAGCACCGAGCCUUCCCCGCCGCUCUGGAGCUGGUGGCCGGAGGCGUGGUCAGGCUCGGCGAGGACAGACGCAUCACUUGGAAGUCCAGUUCCCAGAGUUAAAAGUCCAACAUACAGUUGACUCUGAAAAGUUCUCACAUUAAAACAAAAGAGACACUUUAGUCAAGAUAUUAACUUCUUACUGUCCUGUUUCAGAUUGUCAUGUCGAGUUGAGUUGGGUAGAUUUCUUCCUGUAAUGCUAGCAAGCAUGUAUAGAAACAUUUCAAAUUUCUGUGUUGUCAAGAAACAAAAUUACAUUCCUUGGUACCUUUUUAAAAAAAAAAUGUAAGUAAGUGGUUCUUCUUGUAUUGCUGUCUGAAUAGAAUUCUUUAAUGUAUGUGUAGCUGAAAUUUCCCUAUUGAAACGGUCUUGGUUACAGUCAUUUUUUUGUGGCAUUGGUUUCUUUAUUUUCAAAUAUUCAGUACAACAGGCAUCUUAGUCCUUUCGCUGAAUUCCUUGCAAAAGAAGUUGUUGUUCAGAGCUUUAAUCCAAAAAAGUCUUAGUUUUCCUCUGCAUUUGUCCUUCCUUGCAGACAAUACUGCAUCCCGUUUGGCAAAAAUGAUGUCCUGAAAAUCUUUAUCAGUUCCUGUAAUCUUUU